UGCGAGAGCAACCGCGGCCGAGCGGACGAGACACGCGCACAUCAGCUGUACUUUGCGCUACAACGAACCCUGAUAACCUUCGCUUAUCGGCGCCGCUCGCUCUCGCCCCCCCCCCCCGCCGUAUAGACACGAUGUCGCGUCGGCUCCCGAGGCGCGAUAUAACCCCAAAGCUCCGCCUCUCUCCGACCAUUCAUUCGUCGGAGCGAACUCUUCUCGCACGCACUUGUUCUCUUCUACUCGCUUAUAAAUUCUCUCCGUGUCUUCCGCCGCCGCGACAGCUGUGAAGUAGUAGUGCCGUCGCGCCGCGUGUUUUUCUGCGCAGCGCAACAAGCUUCGAGCUUGAGAGAUCGUCCGAAGGAUAUCUUACUCGUCGAGAAGAAGACUCCCCUUCACCAAGAGCGAGCGUACUUUUUCACCCUCGGUCUGGCCACACACAGAGGAAUGCAAAAGGACUGCCGAGACUGUCUGGGUAUCAGAUACCGCAUCAACACCCUGGAUCAGACGUGGAAGUGGCUGCACCAGACCAUCGCCCUGCACGAGUACCUCAUCUCCAUCACCGCCAGCCAAUCUAAUUUUAAGUGCCAUUCCACUCACUAGGAGCUCUUGGCCUUGCUCAGAAUCCUCACCAGAACUCAACUCGCGGAUUUAAGAGUAAACGCAAGCUCGUUGCUCCAAGAAAGAGACUUUGUUUUAUUUAACACUACAUCUGGAGCAACCUUUACUGGCUUGACAGUACACACUCUUGAUACCUGCUCUCAAAGACUGAUUUUUUUUACAUAUUCCCUGUGAGAGAAUAUAUACGUAUUAGAGCCAAAGAAUGUCUGUGAUCUGUAGAACCAGCAUCCACAAGGCCAAGGCCUUGUACAACAAGUUUGGAGAGCUCUCACUUGUUCUGAGACAUGCUUCAAGCAGCUCUGUAAAGAACGUGCCUGAGGAGGGCAUCAAAAAGUCUGUCUUCAUAUCCCAGUCGAGUGACAUCUACACCAACUUGGCUCUGGAGGACUGGUUCUAUCGCAACUACGAUUUUAGUAAGCACCACGUGCUGCUGCUUUGGAAAAAUGACCCAUGCGUUGUCAUCGGGCGACACCAGAAUCCCUGGGUGGAGUGCAAUGUACCAGCUCUCGAGCAGAGCAACAUUGCAUUGGCAAGGCGCAAUAGUGGAGGAGGUACCGUUUAUCACGACUCUGGUAAUCUCAACUUGUCGUUUUUCACGCCGCGUGAACGCUACAAUAGAAGAUACAACUUGGACGUAAUCACGAGAGCUUUGUUCCGAGAAUGGGGUCUGAAAUCCACUAUCAACAAGAAGGAGGACAUUGUUGUGCAGGGCGAAUUCAAAGUGUCUGGUACAGCUGCAAAGCUGGGACGUCCCAAUUCUUAUCAUCAUUGUACACUAUUGGUGGAUGCUAAUAAACAAGCCUUGAGCCUGGCUCUCAAGAAAACGGAGACCGGAAUAACUAGUAAAGCUACAGAGUCUGUGAGAUCUCCGGUGAAAAAUUUGAAGGAAGUCAACUCCCACAUCAGAACCGAGCACUUACUCAAUGCUGUUGGCUGGGAAUAUCUUCGCACCAAGUCUCUGACAUUACAAGAUGGCGGACACCAACUGGUACAGCAGCAAAAAGGCUUUCAAAUGAUAAAUCCCACCGAAGAUUGGUUUCCAGGUAUUGAAAAACUAACGGAAGAGUUUCGAUCUUGGGAUUGGACCUACGGUAAAACACCCGUUUUCACGGUGACUCGUUUACUGGAAGCUCCAACACAAGACGGUCAAAAUCAUCUUCUAAAACUCAUCAUUGAGGUGGAGAAGGGCAUCGUUCAAGAUAUAAAAAUGACUCUGCCAUCGGACUUGAAUCGCGAUGCUAGCGUGAUUACAAAUCUUCGCGGUAAGCGCUAUAGCCAUGAGCUCACGGACAGCAUCGUCGAGGCUACGGGCUGCAAGGUCGUAGCACAAGACGUCGUCGUCGAUGAAAGCAACGUCGCCGCCAUAUAGCUCAAUCCUAUUUCGCCUGAUGAUUGUACAAAAGAUACCUGAUUUUAAUGAUAAUGAUAAAGAUAAGUGUAGAGAGUAAAUAUCGAAUGUUCUCUUUGUUGUAAUCUUGUAUUUCGUUACAUUAUAUAGAAUAAUAUAUAUAUAUAUAUAUAUAUAUACACACAUAUUGUUACAUGUACGUUUGACAAGUGUUUGGCCUUAUUUGCAUGACAUACUUAAAAACAGUCUAAAGUAUAAAACCACGCUCUGUUGUACGUAUAGCAGCUGCGUGCACGUGGCUCGACAAGUAGAAUAGCGCGACUAUCACGUGAUUCCUUAGUCCAAUAUUCAUUUUUUAUUCAUGAUGUCAUUUCAUUUACUGAAUUAUCUUAUCUGCAGUUAGGGUUCACACUUGAUCCCCCGCUAUCGGGCGCUUCUUAGACUAGAAAACUACUAAUUUUCGCAAAUACAGUUGUUUAACGAGCAUACAAACAUUCAUCACCAGCAUCAGUACAAGUUUGCAAAACGAAAAUUAAAAGAUGAAACACACAUAUACAUGUAUAUUUAUAAAAUGAAUAGACGAAGGCCAAUUUGUCCUCGUUUCUCCUACCCGUUUAUCAAAAAGCAUAAAGGAGAUAAGGAAUAUUCGGAUGGAAAACAUUAUCUUUGUUAAAAGCUAGGCAUAGUUCUUCAAUUAUUGUAGUACGAUGUCUUAUUUAUAGUAGCUUGCUGAUAGUAAAAAUCAAGUUAUAAUACAAUUAAUUAUUUAUAGCAUUUGGGGCAUUAUAAAAGACGAGCCGGCAACUGAAGCGUGGAAUCGGCGAUAUCACUGGUUUUUGUAGAGAGAAACUUCGUUAAAAAAUCCUAUUGAAAGUUGCAACAAGACAGAUCAUUUUUAAUUUUGCCAGAUUUCUUCUGAAUGUUAGAAUUCGUUUUCUUAUACAAACAUGAUGUUAGAAAAAAUGUAGCUUUCUGCAAGGCGCAACCCAUAGUUUUUAAAAAUUGUAAAAAAUACUAAAUCAUGAUUUAUUUCCUUUAAAUCUAA